CGUCACUCGCAUUUUCAGAGCCCGAGCUGGCUGAGGGGUUAGGCUGUGUAUAUCCGGUUGGUUUUUUGAGCAUGCUAGUCAGCGGUUCACUGGAGAGACAGGGAGCGGGUGAACAAAUGUAACUAUAACUAUCUACUGAUUAAAUCAUAGGAAAAUAAAUUGUAAUUAAGAAAUUCCUAUUGAAAUAAAGACCAGUUUUUAGAGUUUGCUUUGGUGUUUACAUGUUUUGAAAUAAAAUAGUUUUUUUUAAAGAAGAAUAUGGCGGAUAUUACGUGUGGUAGUGCAGAAAAGAGCCUAGAUGAUUUCUUUGCCAAGAGGGACAAAAAGAAGAAGAAAGGAAAAGAACAAGCGGUAGCCCCAGGACCGAUUACCCAAAGGAAGACAAAAAAGGAGAAGGAGAAACUGACGAAAAACGAGAACCAGGAUACCCAGCAGGAAAAGGAUGAUGAAGAAUGGAAGGAAUUUGAGCAGAAGGAAGUGGACUACUCUGGCCUGAGGGUUCAUGCACUACAGCUAAGUGAUGAAAAGGAGGAAGAGGAGUAUGAAAAGAAGGAAGAAAUGGGUGAAGAUGGGGAAAUGGUCAUGAUCAGUGGUGGAGACAAAAUUUCAGGCCCUUGGAACAAGUCUGCCCCAGCACCUACUGCAGCUACACCUGUCGAAGUUGAAGUUCCAGAGCCAAAACCUUCAGGUGUGUACAGACCUCCUGGAGCCAGACUGACCACAACGAAGAGAGGGCCUGCACAAGGACCUCCCGAAAUCUUCAGCGACACCCAGUUCCCGUCUCUACAAUCAACUGCUAAGCAUGUAGAAACCAGAAAAGACAGGGAAAUGGAGAAGACAUUUGAGACAGUGAAACACAAAAACAGAGCUAGAGAAGAAGGCGGAGGAAAAGGCCCAUCUCAACAACUUCAGCUUGACAACCAGUUCGCUGUUCUAGAAGACAAGUAACUUAGUGUGCACAACUGUUCUUUCCAGAAUGCUGGUACCCAUCUGAUCACCUAUGGCAACUAAACUACAGCUGUGGAUUACAUCUGCCUUUGCAGAACAGGGCCAAAAUGAAUACUUGGCUGGCAAAGACACAGACCAACCAUAAGGGCCAUCAUGAAAGCGUUAGCUUUAAAGCACUGGAACAUCAAGGAUUCUUUUUUUUUUU